UUAUAGGCAAUAAAUAAUAAUGGACACAAACAUUCAAGUUGGUAUACGAGUGAGGCCUCUAAUAGAGAGAGAAAUCCAAGCACAUCAAAGGCUCAUAUGGAAAACAGAUGACAAUAGGAUUUACAACCAUGACAAAGGAGAUUACCAAUUUGAUAAAGUUUUCGGCAAAAAUGUAAGUACGUCUAUGGUCUACAAUGAAAUGGGAAAACCACUUGUUGAGAAAGCCAUGGAAGGUUUCAACGGUACUUUGUUUGCUUAUGGUCAAACUGCAUCUGGAAAAACACAUACAAUCAUGGGUGAUGCUUCUGAACCAGGGAUCGUCCCUUUGGCUGUUCAGGAUGUGUUUAAUCAUAUCAAUGAGCAACCUGAUCGUGAGUUCUUGUUGCGUGCGUCAUACAUAGAAAUCUACAAUGAGGAAAUUACAGAUUUGGUUGGUAACAAAAGGGGGAUAAAGGUACGAAACAACUGUGACAACGAAAUUGUCAUUGAUAAUCUGACUGAACAAACAAUUAUUUCCUAUGAAGAGGCAAUGGAACUUAUAAACAAAGGGAUUAGGAAUCGCAAAAUUGGAACAACUAACAUGAAUGAACGAAGUAGUAGAUCACAUGUUAUUUUUAGACUUGUGAUGGAAAGUCGUCAGUUACCAGAUGAGUUGAACAUGUCAGAAUGUGAUGGUGCAGUCAUUGUGUCACAAUUAAAUUUAGUGGAUCUUGCUGGUUCAGAAAGAGUUGCUCAAACUGGAGCCCAAGGAAUUCGUUUAAAGGAAUCAGCAUUUAUCAAUACAAGUUUGAUGACCCUAGGCGUUGUCAUCAGAAAACUAAGCGAAAAUGACGGUCAUGUACCUUAUCGUGAUUCGAAAUUAACACGAAUCUUGCAGAACUCGCUUGGUGGUAAUGCUCGAACAUCAAUUAUUUGUACUGUAUCGCCUGUUGUUUUUGAGGAGACAGAUCAAACACUAAAGUUUGCAGGUCGUGCGAAAAAUGUUAAAAAUAAGCCCAAAAUUAAUGAGGUGCUUGAUGGAGACACUAUGUUACGUCGACAAAUGAAUGAAAUAAGAAAUUUAAAAAAGAAGAUUCAGGAAUUGGAAGGUGGUGCUAUGCAUGCUGAAAUGAUAAUGGAAAAAGACAUGAUGCUUGCUGAACAAAAAACCUAUCGUCAAAAAAUUGAAGAGCAACAGAGUAGAAUAUCAAAACUAUUGAAAGAAAUUGUAUGUUCUGGUCCUGGUAGAAGAAAAGCAAUUGUUGGUUCUAAAACAUCCCGGCGUCAGACUUGGUGUCCUGGUGGUUUAACUCAACUACGAAGCCUUUCUGAGACAGAACUCAAUCAGAAGGCGAAAAGUUUAAAUCCAAACAGAACAAUCAGUAAAAUAAGUGAGAAUCCAGAUAACUCUGUUGUUGGUGAACAGCUUAGAGAUAUCUCCAUCGAUACAGAUUUGGAUUCAACUCAAGCAUUUGAAAAGCUAGAAUAUGGGUUGCUACAGAAAGAAUUUGACGAAUACAGAGCUAACACUUGCACUCCUGAAGAAUACAAAAAACUUAAAUCAUCCUUGGUGCAAGCUGAAAUGGAAAGUGAAGCUUUUAAAAACAAAAUGAGAGAUCUUCAAUCUGAAUGUGACAGGCUGCGUUCUCAACUUCAGAACUCAGAUGCAAUGGAGUGGCAGAGUGCAAUGGAGUUAACGUUAGAGCAGAAGUGUGCUGAAAACACUGACCUUAGCAAUGUUAAUAAGAAUCUGGUAUCUGAAAAAGCCACUGUAGAAAAAGAAGCAAACGAAUUAUCAACUCAACUGAAAGACACAAAGGAAAAACUCGCUGAUUUAAGUGAAAAAUACAAUGCAUUGAGUGAAGAACAAACCAAAAUGGUAUCAUUGGAAUAUUUGGAGCAGUUAAAAGAAGAAGUCCUAGCUAAAUCAUUGGAGCUUGAAGAAGACAACAAGAAGUGUCAACUGGAAAAUGAAGAGCUAAAGUCAGCAAGAGAAGCUGACAAAGAGGUUCAUCAAGAGCAAAUGUCAUCAUUAAAAGAAGAAAAUAAUUGUUUGAAACAGGAACUAACAGAUAAAGAAAGUAUGGAUACAGAGAUAUUGCAGUUACGAAGUAAAUUGAAUGAACUGACUGAACAAGCAAGCAGUGAGAUUAGUAAAGAUUUCCAGAAAACGAUAGACGACCUAAAAGAACAACUGGAAAUUAUGAGAAAAGAUAAAAAAGAGAUUGACACAAAAUACGAGUCACUUGAAGAAAACUACAGUGUAAAAAUGAAAGAACUUUAUGACAUGGUUGGUGCAGAUGACAUUUCUUCACUGAAAGACAUAGUGGACAAAUCUCAAACUGAAAAACUCGAAAUGGAAACGAGAAUUCGUGAUAUACAGGAAAAGAUGGCCUCUCAUGAAAGUGAAAAAUUUGAACUGCAAGUGAGAAUUGAGGAAAGCAAUAAUUUGAUAAUAAAUAACGAAGCAGAUAAGAAUGCUUUGAAGGUGGAAGUGGAGAAAUUAAAAUUGACUUUAGAAGAAAAAAUUAAUAUAUUAGGCGACUAUGAAACUAAAAUAAAGGAAAACGAAUCGACAAUUUUGAAAUAUGAAAAUGAAAACAAGGAGCUUGAAUAUGAGCUAACAAAACAAACUACUAAUUUAGGUGAAUGCGAGUCAAAGAUAAAAGAAUUCCAAACACUUCUUGAACAAAAGGAGGAAGAGUUGCGAAAUAGUGUGGAGCAAGGUAGCGAUCGAGACCAGUUGUCUGGUAGAAUUGACGAACUCACGUCUGCUCUAACUGUGAAGGAAAAUAAUCUUAUUGAAAUAAAAGAUAGCCUUUUAAAAAGGGAUGAGUCAUAUGCUUCACUGGAAUUGCAAUUGCAGGAGCUUACUGAAAAGCUUGCCACAACAGAAGAUUCUGAGCAGCAUAAAGAAAUAGAGCGCCAUGAUAAAGAAUUUCAAGCAGAACUCGAAGAAUACAAAGCUAAAUAUGAAAAUGUGCUGAUAGAACAGUCAGCAUUAGAAGAAAAACUUCAACAUCUUGAAACAAUGCCUGCUUGUCGUGUUGAUGAGCAUUUUUGUUUGAGUGAAAAACUUACAACGCAUGAAAACCUUGUGGUGCAACUACAAAGCGAGAUUGCCCAUCUAAGUAUUAAAUUACAGGAAAUGAAUGAUGUUAGUAAUGAACGAAAACAUUUUAAAAACGAGAACAGUGAAACUUCUCCAACAGAUGAAAGGGUGUCUGCAAAUGUAGAGUUAAAGGUUGAAGAAACAUUUGAAUCUGAACAUAAGGAAGAGGAAAACAAGGAAAUGCAAGUUGCUAUUCAUGAAGCUCGACAGCUGGAAGAAAUCUUGAUGAAUGAGUUUCAGAAUGACAUCUCCGAUUUACAAACAAGAGAAGACAAAAUUUCACAAAUUCAACAAAGAAUUAGAGAAAUGAAAGAGGAAAACGCAAAAUAUCAACAAGAACAUCUUGAACUCAAUGAAGUUGUUACUGAAGCACAUAAGGUGAAGGAAGAGCUUGAGAGUCAAAAUGUUGUGAUUGCUGAGCUGAAAGAAGAGCUUGAGAAUGCCCAAACGAGUAACGAGUUCGAGCUUACUGUUACCAAGCUUCAAGAGGAAAUAGUUCAACUCCAGCAAACAAAUAAAGAACUGCGGCAGGAGACAAAUGAGUACAUACAGCAGAUAAAUACGCAUAUGGGGGAGAUCUCCACUCUGAAAGAGUUAAUUACAAAACAUGAAAACGAGGUGGAAUUAUUAAUUAUUGAAAAGUCGUCCAUUGAAGAGUUGUUGGAAAGUUUGUCGGAGGAGAAGCUGAAGAUGACUGAAGAGAUAGAUGGGUUCAAGGAGGAGAUUAUGGAAUUAAAAAAACGUUUACAUGAAUUUAGUAGUUGCAAUAAAGACUUUGAUGGUGAGAAGCAACAACUGACUGAUCAGAUUGCCUCACUAAAUCUGCAAAUAGCUUCAUUGCAAAAGCAAGCUGAGAAUGGAGAAAGUAAGGAAAAGCAGUUAGCAGAACUACAAAUUUCUUUGGAGACUUACGUGAGUGAGAAAAAGAGUUUGGAAUCAGAUAUCGAGACAUUAAAAGACGUGAUUGAAUCACAAGGAGAAGAAGGGCAAGUCCUACAGAGCGCUUUUGAAAAAAAAUGCGAGGCUUAUUUGGAGUUGAGCAACAAGCACGACGAAUUGCAACAACAGAUUGAUGCUCUGCUGUCAGAUAAUGAAAAGUUAAAGACACUUGCUGAAAAUCUUCAAACAAAGAAGGAAUACAAUGAAUCUAGGUGUCAAGAACUAUUAGAUGAAAAAACCCAACAAGUUUCACAAAUGCAACAAUUGGAACAAUCACGAAUUGACUUAAAGUCUGAAGUCGGUACGCUACAAGACGAACUUGCUAAUCUGCAAAGAGAGAACGAUUCAUUGUUGAAACAUGAAGAUGUUACUCGAGCUUACAAAGAACAAUUGGAAACAAAGAGUGCGAAGUUAUCGGAAGUUGAGUUAGAGUUGUUAAAUCUGCAACAACAGUUUCGCGAUGGUGAAAAGGAACUGGCAGAGAAAUGUGAGGUUAUUGUUCAGUUGGAGAAGAAGAACAAAGAGUUUCGUACUAUCUGUGAUGAACAUAAGCACCUUAAGUCUAGCGCAGAAGAAAACUUGCAAAGCAUGGAAGCGUUGCUUGCAAAAAAAGUGGAAGAAAUUGAAGAGUACGAAACGAAAUACACAACAUCUUGCGAAGAAUUGAAGAAGCAGUCUGAAGAAGUCUUUGCUAAGCAGAACGAGAUAAAUGGUUUGGUUAAUACGGUUGACAAUAUGAAAUGUGAAAUUGAGCAACUUCAACAGCAGUUAGAAGAGGAGAAGAAGAGUUGUGACGAAGAAAAAAAUCUGGCCAAAAAAGCUUACGAGAGAAGAAGCGAGCAAACUGAGGCGCACUCCUUUGAGUUGAUGUCCUCCUUAAAAAAACUACAAGCUGAAAACGCCACGAUAGAGGAAGAAAGAGGUGUUCUGUUACGGAAAUUAGAUGAGUUGAAACAAAAUAUAAAGGACGACCGAAAUGAUAAUGAAGAAGAACAGGUGAGGUAUGGUGAAGAAAUAGCGCGCUUAAAGGACGAAGUGAAAGAAUUGAACGAAAAGUUAAUGUCGUUGUCUGACGUAGAGAAAGAAAAACAACAAAUAGAACGUGCAGUGGACGAACUUACCAAGGAAAAAAGCGAGCUGGAAGAGUCGUUGAGAAAGUCCAAAGACGAAGUAAAAAGAAUGCAAGAAAGUGAUGGAGAUGCAGUACUAUCUGUCACAACUGAAACCAACAAAUCACCGGAACAUCUAUUAGAGAAACUGAAACGUCUUGAGUACAGACUUCAGCUUCGAAAGGAAGACAUCGGUGUUUAUGCGGACAGAGUAUCUGAACAAGAUGAAGAAAUCACUAAAUUGAAGGCGAAAAAUGACUGCUAUGCUGCUGAAAUAAAGAGAUUGAAAUCGUCAAUCAAGAACAUACGACGCCCAAGCGGCCAGGCCGAUCUUCAAGAAUGGGAAGAAAUGGUUUCCGCCCUCGAGGGUGCCAAGUUUAAACUGGAAAAAGAGAACGAACUAUUACAGGAACAGUAUACGAGAAAAAUAAAAGAAAACAACUUGCUACAACAGAAUUUGAACAAUGCAGCAAAACGCAUACCACAACUGGAGAAAGCCUUGAAGGAGAGUAACCCACAGUACAAUAAAGACUUUGCCAACAAAGAAACUGAAGUGCAAAUGUUAAAACAAAAAGUAACAAAACAAGAAGCAGAAAUCGAAAGAAUAACUAACGGACUCAAAACGGCUUUCAAUAGAAUGACAGCUGCAGAGACGACACUAACAACGAAACAAAACGAAUUCCAGUGUGAAAUCAAAAAAAGAGAUGUUGAAAUGAACAGAGUUACGGACGGUCUAACUAAAGCAUUCGAGCGAUACAAACAUUACAAAGAGUUGGCACACUCUCACGAGAAAGAAAUUGAUUUUUUAAAAAGUAAAAUCUCUGAUGUGGAGGGAAGUAUAUUAAGUUCGAUGAAGGAAAACUCACGGACGGAGAUAAUGACAGCAGACAUUUUAAAGAAAGAGAUUGGCGAACGAAAAAGAAAAAGUGAAAGUCCUCAUGAAGGUAGCAGCAGUACAAAGUACAAAGUUAAUUUGGAGCCUUCAAAAAGUCAAGAUGAAAACGAAUGUAAGCAACAAUGACGCUAGAUAUUCACUCGCCUGCUGUAGAGCAAGCCAGCGUGGGGGAGAAGGCGAGUGUAAAGUUCAGUAUUGAAAAGUUGCGUUUUUAUGUAAAUUGUUUUGCGUGUACCCACUCGUAGAGUUUUAAUUGGUCGUGAAGAGCCAGUUCUACUUUACAAUACUGUUUUAAUGAAACAAAAAGGACAGCUACCAGCAAGGUCGUCCAUUGUUUGUUUUAUACUUGGUUUUUUAAUCCAUUAUGUUGAUAUGUAACGAAAUUAUAUUUUAUACAUAAA